AUGUCUAAAGCCCACACACUGAGAGCUCUGAUGACGGCGCGUCUGGCUGCGGCCACUGAGGAGGUUCUGGUUCUGUUUGAAAGAACGAUACAGGAAUAUGAGGAGGAACUGAGACUCUCCAAAGAGGAGACCCACCGGACACGGGCGGUGCUGAACUCUCUGCUCUACCCCAGGGUCAGGCUGCACCAGGCGGCUGCAGAGGAGAGUCCUGAGCCCGCUCUGAACCAUGGACCGAACCAUGGACCGGACCAUGGACCGAACCAUGGACCGGGCCCGGAAAUCCCAGAACCUUCACGGAUCAAAGAGGAGCCAGAGGAACAGGCCGUGAAACAGGAGCAGGAGCAGCUGCCAGAGAGCAGCAUGGUGCUGUGUGUAGAGGUCAGAGGAGAACAGAGACACGUGACUCUGACGGAGCUGAGCUUUGGUGCUUUCCUUAAAGAAGUGUGUCGUCAGUUCAACAUUGCAGAAAGCAGACGCUCGGACAUGAAGGUGUUAGACCAGUCCGACACCGAGGUGGACUGCGAGGUGUUUGAGGAAGUUGUGAGAGAGUCAGCGGGAACUUUAAGAGUCGUGCUGCGCAGCGAAGGACCUGCUGCGUCUCAGUCGCCGUCAUCGACCGCUUCUGAGGAAGUCGAUCUGAAUGUGUCCAUGUUCGACGGCAAAGGAAGCCGACGGAAAAGACGGCGUCGAGCCAACUGUGAGGCCAAAGAGUUGAUUGAAAGAAUCCUGAGGUCGAAGCCCGGAGGUGAACGUGUGGUGCAAGAAUAUGUCAAAACCAAGACUCUGAAAGACGGCACCAGGAGACAGAUGGUGAAGAUCCUGGCCGCUGAGAUGACACAGACACACGGGACAGCGCCCCCCAAGAGGGUCCGAGUGACGUACGCUCAGGGGAUCGUGGCUUUGUUCCCGAAUCUCCAAGACCCACACUCAGAACAUGGAUAUGAGCAUUUCUAUGACCCAGACAGUGGGUCGGGGUACCUGGCGUGGCGACUGAAGACUAUUCAGAGGAAAACAUCAGAGGAGAGAGCUGCCUCAGUCUGCAAACCUCGUAAAGUGGGUGGUCCGGGUCGGGGUCGUCAGCCCUUCUCCUGUGGCGCUGAUCCGUCUGAUGAGGACGUGGAAGCCGCUGUAGCUGUUCUGAGACACUCUGCUGAUGAAGACGAUGUCCCAGCAGCAGAGAUGGUGCAGAGGGGGUGCAGAGGUGGUGCAGAGGUGAUGCAGAGGUGGUGUGGUGCAGAGGUGUGGUGCAGAGGUGGUGUGGUGCAGAGGUGGUGCAGAGGUGGUGUGGUGCGGAGGUGGUGUGGUGCAGAGGUGGUGCAGAGGUGGUGCGGAGGUGGUGUGGUGCAGAGGUGGUGCAGAGGUGGUGCGGAGGUGGUGUGGUGCAGAGGUGGUGCGGAGGUGGUGCAGAGGUGGUGUGGUGCAGAGGUGGUGCGGAGGUGGUGUGGUGCAGAGGUGGUGCAGAGGUGGUGCAGAGGUGGUGCAGAGGUGGUGCGGAGGUGGUGUGGUGCAGAGGUGGUGCAGAGGUGGUGCAGAGGUGGUGCGGAGGUGGUGUGGUGCAGAGGUGGUGCGGAGGUGGUGUGGUGCAGAGGUGGUGCAGAGGUGGUGCGGAGGUGGUGUGGUGCAGAGGUGGUGCAGAGGUGGUGCGGAGGUGGUGUGAGUGCAGAGGUGGUGCGGAGGUGGUGCAGAGGUGGUGCAGAGGUGGUGCGGAGGUGGUGCAGAGGUGGUGCAGAGGUGGUGCGGAGGUGGUGUGGUGCAGAGGUGGUGCAGAGGUGGUGCAGAGGUGGUGCGGAGGUGGUGUGGUGCAGAGGUGGUGCAGAGGUGGUGUGGUGCAGAGGUGGUGCAGAGGUGGUGCGGAGGUGGUGUGGUGCAGAGGUGGUGCAGAGGUGGUGCGGAGGUGGUGUGGUGCAGAGGUGGUGCAGAGGUGGUGCGGAGGUGGUGUGGUGCAGAGGUGGUGCAGAGGUGGUGCAGAGGUGGUGCGGAGGUGGUGUGGUGCAGAGGUGGUGCAGAGGUGGUGCAGAGGUGGUGCGGAGGUGGUGUGGUGCAGAGGUGGUGCAGAGGUGGUGCGGAGGUGGUGUGGUGCAGAGGUGGUGCAGAGGUGGUGCGGAGGUGGUGUGGUGCAGAGGUGGUGCAGAGGUGGUGCAGAGGUGGUGCGGAGGUGGUGUGGUGCAGAGGUGGUGCAGAGGUGGUGCAGAGGUGGUGCGGAGGUGGUGUGGUGCAGAGGUGAUUGAACAAGAUUUCAGACUUCUGUUUGGUGAAGCCACAGCCAACAAAUUCUUGGCGAAGUGGCCGACCACGUUCAAAGCGAAAGUCAUAAAGGAAAGCCACGGACUCGCACUCACCGCAGGACUCUCAGAUCUGAUGCGGAACGCUGAGGCCGGGCCUGAAGAUGAGAAUGGCUGGGACAGUGACAUGUCGGCCAUCUUGCUGCUGCUACAUUUGCUGCCACCGUCUGCACAGGGGAGAAAGAGGCCAGGGAAGAUGUCGGCGUGUCGAGCUGUAGAUCACCUCAUCAGGUUUCAGAAGGUUGGAACCAGUGUGCAUCCAGACAUCACCCAGACCCAGCCCUUCCUCCGGGCCCAGGGAUCCACCCAGACCCAGCCCUACCUCCGGGCCCAGGGAUCCCCCCAGACUCAGCCCUACCUCCUGGCCCAGGGAUCCACCCAGACCCAGCCCUACCUCCUGGCCCAGGGAUCCACCCAGAGCCGCAUUCAGUCCUACUCCAUCGUGGUGGACCAGCAGAUGCUUCCGUGGAGCACAGAGCCACGUUUCCACCCAGAGACUCAGGGAGACCGUUCUGACGAGGACAGUAAGACUCCGGUCGUCGUCUUGUUUCAGGACUCGGACCUAAACCCAGCUCCAAACUCACGUCUGUGCUCCGUGUCUCAGUCCAGAAGAACCAGAAAAACUAAAAAGACUCAGCGCUGCUCUGUCUGUAACAAGAUACUGAGAGCUGGAAAGACGGAACUAGCGAUGGGGAGUGCAGCAGAUGAACUUCUGGAGCUGAUCUACAAGUGGCUGGAGGCAGCGAAGGAUUGCGGCUCGAACCUGCGGGGUUUGGCUGAGGAGCUGGUGUCUCUGAGGGAAGGUUGUUGUGCGGCUGAAACCGUGGGCAGCACUGUGGCGGUGGCAGGAUCCGUGGUGGCUAUAGGAGCGGCCUUCUUCACCGGAGGAGCCUCUCUCGCUCUGUGGGGAAUGGGGGUGAUGGGAGGGGUGGGAGCAGGCAUCAAUCUGGCCACCAAAAUCACAGAGAGGUUCAUGUCCAGCAACAAACUCAACAGAGUCACAGAAAUCGACCAAAACUGCAGGAAGAUCUCAAAUGAAAUGCAAGCCCUGUUCCAGCGGUUGAGGGAGGAGUGUCCGUGCAGCGACCCGGACCAGCAGGAGCAGUAUGUGGUGGAGGAGAUCCUGAAGGCCAUCUCCCGCAGGUUUGGGUUGGGCUACUACUUCUGCACAGACCUCUCCUCUGUGGUUUAUGACAUCAAAGAGAAUGUUCUGGUUCUGGGCGUCACCACGAGCCUGGUGUGCCCUCUGGUCGGAGAGGUCCUGGCUGCGUUCUCUUUGAUCCGUGUGGUUGGCUCCAAGGGAGGAGCGGAGGUCGGCAAAGCGGUGGCCAUACAAGGCGUGGCCAGGUUCCUGGGGGGUGUGGUGGGUCUGGCCUUUUCUCUUCCUGAAGCCAUCGACAAUUGGAAAGAGGCCAUUAAAAGUAACCACGAGACACAAGCCAGUAAAUCUCUGAAUGACACAGCAGACCAGAUCGACAAGGUUCGAAACAAUCUGUCGGACAAACUAUCUCAGAUAAAGGAAUUCAUAGAAACUGCAGCAAAAAAACAACAACAACCACCCAAGAAAACGUCUUUUCCGAGUGUCAACAAAAUGCAAACUAAUGAUAGCGAAUCCUCCCUUGAAUAUCUGGAUACAUGCCAACCAAAGAUGUUCAGGUCUUCCUAUCGAGGAGACAGUGAUUCUUCUGAGCAAAGUGAUGAUGAUGAGGAAGAUAGUAGCAGCAGCAGUUAUGAAGAGGUGGUGGUGAAGAUGGCUCUGCUCAAUGUUCGCUCUGUCAACAAACUGCAGAGAAGGGGCGAUAACACAAUCACUGAGAUGAUACAGGACAACGAUUUGGGGGUUCUCUUGCUCACCGAGACCUGGCUGCCAGAAAACCGAACCGAAAGCUUUAGAAAUACCCUUCCUACGGGUUACGACGUAUUCAGCAGACCGAGGAGUGAUGGCCGCCAAGGUGGAGGUCUGGCUUUGGUCUUCAAUUCCAAUGAAUACGAAUGCUAUCCUGACCCUUUGGACAUCGACUUUGACGUCAAUUUUGAAUAUCAAGCCGCAUUAUUAUCUGUUCCUUGUGCUUUGGACGGCGUCCUCAUCCUGAAUAUUUAUCGCCCGCCAAAACCUUAUCCCAAGUUUUUUGAAGAGCUGGAAAAGCUUUUAACAGCAGCUUUUGACCAGUACGGUGUGGUCAUAAUGGGAGGAGAUUUCAAUAUUUGGGUUGAUUGCCCAAAAGACAGCUUCUCGCGUAAAUUUCAUAAGUUCUUGCAAAAGAAACACCUGAAGCAGCACGUGCCGGAGUCCACACACAACAAAGGGCAUACUCUAGACCUGGUCCUGACGCGUCCAAAUGUGAAAAUCACAGAUGUAAAAGUGGAACCCAACAGCAUUUCUGACCAUCACACUGUCUUCUUCAAUCUGCACUUCACAUCACAAAGCGCCAUAAGAUCAGAGAGAAGUGUGGCUCGUCGCAAAGCAAAAGAGGAGAUGAAGAAAAAGCAGAAACGCAAGUAG